GUAUGACGCUAGGCGAGGUACACCUGGGCGGUCCCGGUAGCGGCAUGGGGGAUGAGGCGAGAGGCGAUUGCACGGAUUCGGUCAUUUGCGUCGUUGCGGGGAAGGACGCGGACGCGGACUUUGCGGACGACGGUUUGGCCGGCGUGGGUGCCGAUUCGGGUGGCGGUUUGUCGGUUUCACAGGGUGGCGGAAGCGGCGUCGGUUCGUUUCGUGAAGCUAUGGCGACCGGUUGUUCUUACGUAGAAAACAGAGAGAGGCUGAAACUUCGACUGAGACUUAGAGAGAGGGUGGCGACUCCGGUCGGCGACGCUUCCGUUUCUGCCUCGGUUUUCGGGCUGAAGGGGGCAACUACAGGAGUGUCGUCCUGCAGAGGCCCAAGUCGUCGGGCUACGUGCUCUGUUCUGCUCUGCUUCAUGGCCGAGAGCCUGAAGCGAACGACGACGCGUAAAUUGGAAUUCGAGAAGCGUAAAAGUCCACUUGCCAUGGGUAGCGAAAAUUUGAGGGUCUCAAUAGCCAUGAUGAGAAUCAAUGAGUGGAUGGAUCCAGCUUAGCCGAUGGUAAUCGUGUCUACUACCCUCGUCAAUCACAUAUCUUAUGGUUGCCGAAAGCUUAGCAGCAACCCACCUUUGUGCUAAUGCUUCUGUUCGUAACAUGGUGAAGGUUAAUAGGUCGUUUUCAUUCUUAGUCAGUGCCCAACUUUUGGGCAGCUUUAAGUAAUUUAUUUGUGAGUGCAGAAGAAGAAAACUAUGCUAUAUGUACUUCUUGAAAUGUUGUGAUGCCUUCUUUGUUGCGAAGAGACGCUCCAGUUGCAUUUGACCAAAGCGUACUGACAGUGGGUCCUGAGAAGGAUGACAUAAGAGCUUUCAGAAAUUUUUUAUC